UACUGACAGCUGUCACGUGGUCAUUCAUUUGAAAAGAGAGUCCCCUGCAACUGUCAAAAUCUAUUUUUGUCUGUUGUAAGUAUAUUUGCGUAUCUGUCUCUCCCGACAACGUCAUCUUCAGUAUGCGCAAGAUCAACCGAAAAAAUCUACCAAAACGUCAACGAUAGUUAAGAGUGUUGAUGUACUUAUCGUUGGUUAAAUUUAUUAGAAAUGGUUAUUAAUUAUUCUUACAUCAUAUCCAGUAGUUUUUAACCAACAGUAAUCAGCAUAAUCAAAUGGACACGAAUAUUUAUUUUAAAUUAAAGUGGCAGUAGAAAAAAAAAUAAAACUGUGGAAGCUGUAAAAUUGUAUAAAAGUUAAGAUUAUUAUUCAUUUUAAAUAAAAAUCAUGGAUCCAAGGGGCCCUCAAAGAGCGGGGGCCCCUAUAAACCCAACGACAAUUACAUCAACAAUAUCAGAUGUUAAUUCAGCUGUUGAUAAGUCACUGCUGGAUACUGUUGUUGAUGACAAUUGGCAUGGAGUUGGUAAUACAGCUAAAAAUAAUAACCGUUUGUUGUUCCUCACUGUUGAAUAUGUAGACGAUUAUCAGUCACGAGACUAUUCAAAGGUAUUUUCUCCAUACGAACAGGUGUCUUUUUAUUCCCCGAGAGCUCCGUCACCUCUCUCAGACUUUGAGCACAGCAAAGUGAGCCCACUGGACCCGAACAUGAGUUCAACUGCAAGAUAUUCACCUACACCUGUACAACAGCUUCCAUCUCUGGCAUUUCCAAACUCCGUAGUAGUUCUUCCUGGUCCUCCUUCACCGCUUAUUAUUCCUAGUGACGGUCAUGCUAGAGUCAAUAUUAAUAAUUAUAUUUCUAGUCACAAUAAUACUAUUCAAAAUGUAGCACAGUCGGGGGAUAGUGCAACAAUUGAUUUUGUAAAUAAUGAGGCUCAUGGAGAAUCUCUAGUUACUAGUGUUAAUGGAGAGUUAAUUUUAAUGCAAGGAACAAGUACUGAGUUGGAGUCAACUUCAUCGUCUUCGUCUUCGGUGUCAGCUGACACUGCUGCUGCCGGACCGCUGAUGCUGGCAGAAAUUCCAGAGGCUGAGUUUGCAUUGACCCGAGAAUUUUUGGUGAUGCAAGAUGAUGACCAUUUAAAUGUCGUUAAUUCAUUGCCCAAUCAAAAUUGUGAAAUAAAAGAAGAGCAGAUUAUGAUUACCGAUGAUAAUAUUAUUGAUAAUCAUCAAACGGAAUUAUUGAAUUUAAAUAAUGGAAAUGGAGUAAUUUCUCAGGAACAAGUUUUAGGAAAAAUAUUAAAAAAUAAUAUUGAAUGUAAAAAAUUAAUAAAAAAUAUUCCAGCUUCUGGUAAAAUAACAUUGAGGAAAAAUAAAAAACAAAUUCGUAAUAAAACAACUUUAGAAUGCGAGGAGUGUAUUUCAGCAGCUUGUUUGAAAUCUGGUGAAUGUACCUGUCGAAAUGUCCGCACAAUUGCUGAUCAACCGGUACCAUCUCGAGCUGUUGCAACUUUACCAGGAUCGUAUCUUGCGAUAAAUAAAUUACUAUCGGCUACAGCUAUUGGUGAACCAAUAGGACAAAGUAAUUAUGGAGUAUUUGCUAAACGUAAUAUUCGGCAACGCACUCAGUUUGGGCCUAUCGAAGGUAUACUGCGUCCUUACAACGGUGAGUUUCUUAAAAAUAAUGGACUACCUUUGCUUUAUGAAACAAAUGACGGGCAGCUACUAAAAGUUGACGUGUCAGACGAAAAUACUUCAAACUGGAUGCGAUUUGUUCGACCGGCUUUGACUUUCGAUGAACAGAACUUAGUUAUUUGUCAGCAGAGUGAUGGAAUUUUUUUUCUUACCACCCGAAAUAUUCUAUCUAAAGAGGAAUUGAAAGCAGGUCCAAGUUCUCAGUAUGCUCUACGUCGCAAUUUGACUGUUCUUCAACCAGGCUCAUUGUUGAAAGACAAAGAAAUCCAUCAGGAUGACAGUAAUAUUAAUGGAUGGCCGUAUUUGGAGUGCGACGAGCCAUUCAAAUCAUCUGAAAAGUUAUCAGAACCUUUAGAUGCUCAUCAAGAUAAAAGUGAAGCAACUGAAAAUUUUGAAAGCCAACAAAAUAAUUCAAAAUUGUCGUCUGACGAUAAUAAUAAAUCACUUAAAGUUGUUGAUGGACAAACGGUCCUCUAUUCCUGUUCUCAAUGCCCAAAAGUAUUUCCACGAAGUUAUAGUUUGAAGCGUCAUAUGCACAUGCAUCUUGGCUCAAAAGCGCCGCAGAAGUAUGAGUGUUCAACCUGCGGCGAGAAUUUUUUGCAUCCUUACAACCGCAGUCGGCAUAUAAAAAUAUUUCACAGUGACGAAACACGAGAGAAAGAAAAUGCUCGUGAAAGUUCCAGUGAAUAUAAAUGUAAAUCUUGUAAUUUGGCUUUUAAAAAAUUGUCUUUGUUGAAUAUUCACAAAUUAAUACACGAGCAAGAUGUAAAUAAAGAACACGAUGGUUCUUCAACAUCGUCAUUGUCAUCGGCAUGUCCACAGUGUGGAGUUACAUUUAAUACUUGGUACGAUUUAAUAAAUCACGUAUCAUCAAAACAUGGCCGGAUUAAGUUGCCUAAAGUAACUAGUACAUCUAAAGUAAACAAUAAUAAUAAUAAUCAAAAUCAAAAUCAGGUUUCAACUCCACCAAUGUAUAAAUGUACAAAGUGUUACAAACGUUUUGCAACAAAGGUACGACUCCAGCAACAUUUUCUAGUCCAUGGCGCUGAGGAUCAAAAGCCACUGCCGUGUAAUGUCUGUUGUAAAAGAUUUAUGAAUAAUUCAGCACUCUCUUGUCACUUGAAAACUCAUCGUCAGGAUAAACAAUUGUUUGAGUGUCCAAUGUGCCGUAAAUUGUUUAACCAAGUUCUCAUGCUGAAAGAGCACAUUGAAACACACAGAGGUGAGGAUGGUAUAUUUAGUUGCCCUCACUGUCCGAGGACAUUUACCAAGUACUCAGUUAUAAGGAAACAUAUCAGAGCUCAUCAUUGUGAACGUAAACACAAAUGUCAAUUUUGUUCUAAACCAUUUCCGACGAUUGACAAAUUACGUAUGCAUUUAUUGCGUCACUCGGAUCACAGGGAAUUUCAUUGUGCUAAUUGUGGAAAGCAGUUUAAGCGUAAAGAUAAGUUAAAAGAACACAUGACGAGAAUGCACAAUGCACAGAAAAUAAAGCGGGAUCAAAUUACAACACAAAAUAGUAAUAAUAAUAAUAAUAAUAAUAAUGAUAAUAUUAGUAAUAAUAAUAAUGAUAAUGAUAAUAAUAGUCAGGGGAAAAAAUUUGUACCAAAAGUUAAUCCGACGGAUUACAAUCGUUUUAUUUAUAAGUGCCAUCAAUGCCUAGUGGGUUUUAAACGACGAGGAAUGCUCGUAAAUCAUUUGGCUAAACGGCAUCCCGAUGUAUCACCGGACUCUGUUCCGGAGUUGAAUUUACCCAUUUUAAGACAAACCCGUGAUUACUAUUGUCAGUACUGUGAUAAAGUUUACAAAAGUAGUAGUAAGAGAAAGGCGCACAUUAUGAAAAAUCAUCCUGGAGCAGCAUUGCCGCCUAGUAAUCGUCAUCAAAAGGAAACAGAUUCGACGGACUCAGGUCUACAUAAUUCGACUUUUAGUCAAACUGUUGGAAGUGUAUCGACGAUACCACAAAGCUGCCAGUGGUGUCAUAAACAGUACGCUAGUAAAGCAAAGUUAUUACAACAUCAACGUAAAAAACACGCGGCGUUAUUAAAUCCAGCAGAUAAAAUUCCUCGUCCACGAAAUCGUUCUUCAUCCCAACAAAAUAAUUCAUCACUUAACGACAAUAAUUUUGUCAUGUCCGAUUAUAUACAAGGAUAUGACGUCGAUACUGACGUUGAUUUUCUAAAACCCAAAAUACUUAAAAUAUCUGACGACUCAAAUUUUAUUGAUAACGAUAUUGAUAACGAAGAUGAUGGUGAUGAUGAUGACGAUGAUGAUGAUGGGGCUGGAGCUGAAGGGGAUAAUGACAAUCUUGAGCUUGUCGAGCAACAAUUUAUUCGUAUUUGCGAUAUUCGUUGAAAUAAUAAUAAUAUUUCUACGUGACAACGUAGAGGUUUAAUUAAAUUUUAAUCGAGAUAUGAAUCUCGUUAUUUUAAAUUUAGCGUCUGGUUGUUGCACGCUGUAACAAUUGAUAAGACUUUUUGAUGCCAGUAAGCGGCUGCGUCGUGUAUCGUCAUUGCCACUUGUUGUUCAGACGGUAUCGCGGCAAAAUUAAAUCAAACAACGAAAAAUGUUAUUGAACUCACGAGAGGUGAACGAAGUUGAAAAAACAUCAGGUUAAUUAUAAAUGACAAAAAAUAAACUUAAUAGCUGGACAUAAUUUGUUGUUGGCUCUGACGUGGAAUGUCAGUGCUCACCCUAAUAAGGGUGGUUGUCAAUUAAUUGUCACGUGCUCGGUAAUUAAGUCAUCCGUCAAUUGUCUGAAUACAAAAAAUCAAAAAAUAAAUUUUUCAUUAUUUAAAAAAAAACAGACGACAUUUAUUAUUGAUCUUGAAUAUUUUAUAUAUUAUACGAGCAGACUAAUUAAUACAUUUCUGUACUACGGCAAUAAAGUACGCACUUUUAUUUCCUAUGAUAGAAGACUAAUUAACAUUUGCUUCGAAUUGAAUUUUUACAGGUACAAAGUACCAGAUUUGACAUUGAUACCAAUUGAUAUAUUAUAAAUAAUAAAUAUAAUUAAAAUAAACUGCGUGUAUUACAUUACACAGAUUAAAUAAAUUAAAAAUUUAAGUAAUUUUAUUAAAUCAUAAAAUAAAUUUUUGUUUUAUCUUGACAUUAAUAUUUAAAUAAAAUAAAAAAAUAUUUUGAAUUUAAUCUAAUAAACUUCCACUCAUACAUUUGGUGAUAAUGAUAAUAAAAUAAAUGAUAGCUGUAGGAAUGACAAAACAUUAUCGUUGAUAAUAAUUAAUAAAUUAAAGUUGACAUAAAUAAACACUGGUCAAUAAUCAAACUUUUAUCAAUAGCCAAGAUUGAAACAUUAAUAUUGAUCUAUUAAAUACUUAUUUAUAAAUAAAAAGGAAGAAAAAAUAAAAACAUAGGCAAGAUUUAAAAAGAGCAACAGAUAAUUAAAAUAAAAAUAAAGGGCUGUAGUAGUAUUGAGUAACAUUUAAAUUUAAAAUAACGAUAUUGGCAAAAUACUCGUUCAGCAUAUUACAAUACUAGAUAACAUAGAUUUAUUUAUUAACUUACUUAGCGAUAAUGCUUAAAAAAUAUUAUUAUUUUCAUUUAUUUGUACUAUUAAAAUUAAUGAAUGUAUUAACGAAUGUAAUGUGCACGCAGUAGCAUCAGGCAGUGGAUAAGUCGGCUCGAAUUUAAUUUUAAAUUUUAAAUUUAAGAUAGUAAAUAUGUGAUGUGAUGACAAUGGAAGCAAAAUUAUAUAUAUAAUUAUAUUAUGUAAUUACAGUGUAUUAGAAAUGCACGAGAAAAUAGAAAAAUUUAAAUUAU